AUGCCCAUCGCCAUUCCCAAGACGCCCAAGAAUGGCAUUACGAAAUUCACAAACUGCCGCCUCGUGAAAGGCGAUGCCCUGGUGCAGGAAGACAUCUGGGUCAGCUCCGUCACGGGCAAAAUCAUUCACAGCCAGGCGGCCUUCUUCGAUGACCUCCUCCUACCAGAUGAGACCGUCAACCUCGGCGGUCGCAUCAUGUCUCCCGGCAUGAUCGACUGCCAGCUCAACGGUGCCUUUGGCUUCAACUUUUCCACACUGCUCGAAGACAUGUCUCAGUACGGCAAAAAGGUCCGGGAGCUCAACAGGAAACUGGUGGCCACUGGCGUCACUUCCUACGUCCCAACGCUCACCAGUCAAAAACCCGAGCUUUACCAAAAUGCUCUCCCGUACCUGGGCCCAUCUGGCGGCUCACAAGUGGCCAAUGACGGUGCCGAGUCUCUCGGAGCCCACGUCGAAGGCCCGUUCCUGAACCCUACCAAGAACGGCAUCCACAACGUCGAUGUCCUGCAGCAGGCAGAGACAUUCGAUGAUCUAGUCGAAUGUUACGGCGCCGAGAACAUCGAGCCUAGCACCAACGGCGGCUCCAUUCCAAUUAAGAUGAUCACCGCCGCGCCAGAACGUGGGCGGAUGACACAAAUCAUUCCUGAGCUGCGGGAACGAGGCAUCAUCUACUCCAUCGGCCACUCGGAAGCGACGUACGAAGAGGCUUCGGCCGCGGUGGCAGCCGGAGCCACGAUGAUUACUCAUCUCUUCAACGCCAUGCGACCUCUUCACCACCGCAACCCAGGUGUCUUUGGUGUCCUGGGUAUUGCAGAGAGUCUGGCGAGGCCAUACUUUGGCAUCAUCUCCGACGGUAUUCAUCUGCACCCGACCACCAUUAAGAUUGCGUUCAACGCUCAUCCGGAUGGCUUCAUCCUGGUUACUGACGCCAUGCACAUGAUGGGUCUGGCCGACGGCUCGUACAAGUGGACGAAUGGACAAGACGUCAACAACAUUGUCAAGGUCGGAUCCACGCUGUUGUUGGAGGGCACCGACAAAAUUGCUGGAAGUGCCGUUACUCUGAUGGAGUGUGUCAACAACUUCCUGCGCUGGUCCGGCACCGGCAUUCCGAAGGCUUUGAAGGCUGUGACCGCGACCCCCGCAGAGAUGCUCGGCCUCAAAGGCAUCAAGGGCUCUUUGGAAGACGGAGCUGAUGCGGAUCUGGUCAUCUUCUCUGAAGAAGUAAGAGACGGCGCCACUCAGCUCGUAGUGGACGAGGUUUGGAAGGCGGGAACGAUGGUAUCGAGCCGGGAGGAGACCCAGUCGCCCAUUGCAUAG